AAGAUCUGGGACGCGAGCAGCGGGAUGUGUCUGCAUACCUUUGACGUUGGCAGAUCCCUUUGGGACUUAUCCUUCGAUCCUACUAGUGCUAUGCUCUCAACAGAAAUAGGCACUAUCACCAUCUCUAGUUCCCAGAUCAUAGACCGCAUCGACGAUGUAGUAUCAAAACCACAGUACCAGGGUGCCGGUAUAAGUUCAGAUCGCAACUGGGUCAAGUGCGCUAGUAGCAACAUGUUGUGGAUACCCUCUGAGUAUCGGCCCUUAUGCUCGGCUGUGAGUGAGACCCAAGUAGGUAUAGGAGUAGGGUCAGGAAGGGUAUGGCUUUGUCACGUGAACUAA